AUGCACUUUCAGAUUUCCAAAACAGAAAGUCGACUUUCUAAAUCUUCACUUCCUGCUGGUGUACAUGUUGAGCGAAUUCUGAAUGAGCGUAGAAGACAUCAUAGAGUUAACGCUGGAUCAGCAUCGAGUGAGAAUUCUAAUGAAAGUGAACUGAAUUCAAUACGUCGUUUCAGCGGUGCUCAUGUAGGACCGUCACCAACUACAAUGGAAGCAAGUGGUCUACCUUAUAAAUCUUUAUCGAUGGAUAGUAUCAAUCAAAGUGAUCCCGCUCCAUCACUUCACAAAAAAAUCAGACUCCCUGGUCCACAAAAACCACUGAUUUUCAACUUUGCUUUAGUACCCAAGACCAAAACUGAGACAACAACAGUAACAACAACUACAUCAACGACAGCAACAACAACGACAACAACCACAUCAACAUCGACAACAUCCACAACUACUACGUCAACAACGACCACAACGGCAACGACUUCAACAACAACGACGACGAGCACAACGACGUCUACAACAACAACGUCAGCAACAACAACAACGACGACAACAGUGACCACUACGACCACAACAACCACAGUAACAACAGCGACAACAACUUUUGUAUGUGCCUUCGUCAAUGUCGGAUUACUUCAAUCCAUAACUAGCAGUCCACCUACUUCGUGGACACGUUUUUCAUUUACUUAUGUAGCCACAUUGUCUGUGACGACUCUUCGUUUUACAUCCGCCACAGCUAUAUCUGGUAAAUUUUGGGCAGUUGACAAUGUCACUGUAUCAGCGAGCAGUAGUUCAUCGGUGAAUUUGAUCGACAAUUCAGCCUUUGAAAGUGGUCCUUCAGUAGGUUGGAACGUACAUUCAUGUGGUUCAUCUUGCGUAUCUUCGAUAAUGAACUCGGGAGACUGUCUUGGCGGCAGUGGUUGGUGUUAUGAGAACACCUGCGCAGACACUGCCAAUCUACAGUUUCUCGAGCAAUCAUUUGAUACAGUUGUUGGUGUGACAUACAACAUCAAUUACUGGUUGCUAAGAGGCGGUUCGGGUGUAGCAACAGGGAUUCAGAUGUAUGUUAACAUGUUUUGA